ACGCGUUAGUGCGUUUGUGAAAAAUCCGUCAUCACCACAGCUGCGUUUUGUUUUCAAUGAAAAUCGGCUGCAGGAUGUUUCCUAAAUUUUUGGUUUUCCUUGCCCUGAUCCUUACCAGCUGUUGGGUUGGUGCGGAGGACACCGCUGUGCUACCGGAGGGCUAUGUAGACGCCGCUCAGCGAUCCACGCACACCAAUAACUGGGCGGUGCUGGUGGACGCAUCGAGGUUCUGGUUUAACUACCGGCAUGUGGCCAACGUGCUGUCAAUCUACCGCUCGGUGAAGCGCCUGGGCAUCCCCGACUCGCAGAUCAUCCUGAUGAUUGCCGACGACAUGGCCUGCAACGCCCGGAACCCGCGCCCCGGGCAGGUCUACAACAACGCCAACCAGCACAUCAAUGUGUACGGCGACGACGUGGAGGUGGACUACCGGGGCUACGAGGUGACCGUGGAGAACUUCGUGCGCCUGCUUACGGGGCGAACCCAGAACGGCACUGCGCGCUCCAAGAAGCUGCUCUCGGACGCAGGCAGCAACGUGCUUAUCUACCUUACCGGACACGGUGGCGACGGGUUCCUCAAGUUCCAGGACUCGGAGGAGAUAACCAGCCAGGAGCUGGCCGAUGGGAUCCAGCAGAUGUGGGAAAAGAAGCGUUACAACGAGCUGUUCUUUAUGGUGGACACCUGCCAAGCGGCGUCUUUGUACGAGAAAUUCACGUCGCCGAAUGUCCUGGCGGUGGCAAGUAGCCUGGUGGGCGAGGAUUCUCUAUCGCACCAUGUGGAUCCCUCGAUUGGCGUCUAUAUGAUCGAUCGCUACACCUAUUACGCUUUGGAGUUUCUCGAGAAGGUGCAGCCCUUCAGCAAACGGACCAUAGGGGAAUUCCUGCAAGUGUGUCCCAAGCGAGUGUGCAUUUCGACAGUGGGAGUGCGCAAAGAUCUGUACCGACGAGAUCCGCACAAGGUGCCCAUUACAGACUUCUUUGGGGCCAUUCGACCCACCCGGGUCUCCACCGAUCGCAUCAACGUGACCCUGGCCAACGAGGACGAUUUCAUUGUCGACAAAGACGAGAUGGUGGCCAAGAAACCCUUCAAAAUCGUGAUGGAGUCACAGUUUCCGUCCGAUCUCUUUAAAUAGACUGGUCGACUUUGUAUUAUUCAUGUGAUAAUAUUAAUUUUAUUCGUAAAUACAUCAUUUCAUUAUUAA